ACUCUCAUCCCUCUUGAAUCCCGGAGCUGGAACUCAGAAAACUCCAGCCCGGGCAGCGCGCGCUUGGUGCAGGACGCAGGAGCGAGCAGCCCGUCCCCCUCCGACUCUGCGGGGCCGCCGCCGCCUGCUCCCGCCGCCCGAGGAGGCGCGGUGCCACCCCCUGCUCCGUCCCUAGCCUGCGCGCAGUGCCCGGCCGGAUCCCGGCACCACCUCCCCAUCCUCCCUUCGCUUUCCCCGACUGCUCAGGGCGCUAUUUGGUUUUCUCUCUCUCUUUCUUUUGCUUGCUCUGCGAGCGCGGAGCGGGGGGGAAGAGGAGGCGUAAUUCUUUCCCCGCCUAACAUUUCAAGGGACACAAUUCCCUCCAAGUCUUUUCCCUUUCCAAGCCGCUUCCGAAGUGCUCCCGGGGACCGCAACUCCUGAUCCCGAACCGAGGCGGGAGCCUCGCAGCUUUCAGCCCUCUUCUUCUCCGUCGCUUUCCUCUCGCUACCUCCACCGCCACCUCCGGCACCCACCCACCGCUGCCGCCGCCACCAGCAGCGCCUCCUUCUCUCCUCCUCCUCCCCUCUUCUCUCUUUUUGGCAGCCGCUGGACGUCCGGUGUUGAUGGUGGCAGCGGCGGCAGCCUAAGCAGCGCAGCCCUCGCAGCACGCCGGCUCUCGCUCGCCCUGCCCAGUUCUCCAGCCCCCAUCACCCACGCCCGAAAGGUGCUGGGCAGAUUUGGGGCGGCUGAGGCGAAGCGGCUGCAGAGGCGGUAGCAGCGGCGGCGGCGGGAGGCAGGAUGAGCGCACGCGGUGAAGGCGCCGGGCAGCCGUCCACUUCAGCCCAGGGACAACCUGCCGCCCCGGCGCCUCAGAAGAGAGGACGCGGCCGACCCAGGAAGCAGCAGCAAGAGCCAACUGGUGAGCCCUCUCCUAAGAGACCCAGGGGAAGACCCAAAGGCAGCAAAAACAAGAGUCCCUCCAAAGCAGCUCAAAAGAAAGCAGAAGCCACUGGAGAAAAACGGCCAAGAGGCAGGCCUAGGAAAUGGCCACAACAAGUUGUUCAGAAGAAGCCUGCUCAGGAGGAGACUGAAGAGACAUCCUCACAAGAGUCCGCCGAAGAGGAUUAGGGGGCGCCAAAUUCGAUUUCUACCUCAGCAGCAGUUGGAUCUUUCGAAGGGAGAAGACACUGCAGUGACCACUUACUCUCUUGUCGCCGUGGUCUUUCCACCUUCAUCUGGGCGGGGCAGGGCGGGGCGGGGGCGGGGCGGGAGUGGGGGGGGAGAAAUCACAUAACCUUAAAAAGGACUAUAUUAAUCACUUUCUUUGUAAUCCCUUCACAGUUCCAGGUUUAGUGAAAAACUGCUGUAAACACAGGGGACACAGUUUAACAAUGCAACUUCUAAUUACUAUCUUCUUUUUUCUUAACCUACUAAUAGUUUGUUGAUCUGAUGAGCAAGAGCAGGUGGGUUUGAAAAACUCUGAACCGGGUUUAGUCAAUCACUGCGUUGCAUGCAAACAAGAAACGUGUCGCACUCGUGACACCGGGCAUUCAUAUUGGAAAGGCGUAGUGUAUAACACUGCGUCCACCUCAGACACCACCCAGCCUGCUCGCAGUAGUGAAGCUUCUGUUUAGAACACCAAAGAUAGGACUAGCGUCUACUUCUUUCUUUUUCGUAUAAUCUUGUAGACACUUGAUUUUUUAACUUUUAUUUCUAAAUGAGACGAAACGCUGAUGUAUCCUUUCAUUCAGCUAACACACCAUAAAAGGUUAUGUUCGUUUUUCAAAAAGGGAAUUAGCAAACAAAUAUUGCCAACUCCUAUAUUUAUGGAUACCACACAUAUCAGCAGGAGUAAUAAAUUUACCCAGAGCCCUCAUUUUCAGGAAAACACUCAUCCGGGUGGAAUCUACUUCCUACAGAGCCAAAUGCCAUUUAGCAAUAAAUCACACUUGUCAGCCUCAAAGCAUUUAAGGAACCUAGACAAGUAAAAUUGUUCUCUAUGUACUUUAAUGAAAAGGUACAACAGAGUAAUGCAUGAUGAACUCACCUGAAUUAGGAGGUGAGAGGAGCGAAAUCUAAAUUUAUUUUGCUGUAGUUACACUAUAAUUUAAAAAACAAAACAAAGCAGUUUCUCUCUCUCCACUGUGUAUCAGUUUCCGUGAAAGACCGAAAUACCACUUACCUCAGAUUAAGCUUAUGUAUUACUUCCAGUAAUACGUUUUGACAUAGGAUGGUUGACUGAGGUGCUCUACUUUGGCUUCAGUUCACCAUCUCUUCAUUCAAACUGCACUUUUAGCCAGAGAUGCAAUAUAUGCCCACUAUUCAAUACUACCUCUGAAUGUUACAAUGAAUUUACAGUCUAUUACUUAUUACAUGCUGCUAUACACAGGCAAUGUAAGAAAAUCUGAAUGGAUAGGUGAGGCUUGUCAUCCAUAGCUCUUUUUGUACACUUACAGUGAAAGAGGCAGUCUCCUUACUGUGUUUCAGCAUGGCUAUGUAUUUUUCUAUUUUUUGUUUAAUCAGAAUUUUGCAAAUACUUGUUUCAGCUUCUCUGCCAGAUUUCUACAUUAACUUGAAUAUUUUUUUAACCAAGUCGCUCCUAGGUUCUUAAGGAUAAUUUUCCUCAAUCACACUACACAUCACACAAAAUCUGACUGUAAUGUUUAACUAUUAUCCUCCAAGUUUGUACCUCAAAUGAAUUGUUUAAAAGCAAUGGACUAAUUGACUUGCAAAGAACUACCUCCAGACCUCAAAAGGAAUGAACUUGUUACAGAAACAUUCAUUUCUGUCAGUGUUUGAAAUAGUUCGAACUGCAGCUAUCCCUCAUCAGAACUAUUUUUGUAAGAGAUGUUUGCUAGAAAGGAACACAUUUUUACAUACUUUCACAAAUAAAGAAAUGAAAUAAAGCCAACCUUCAAAGAAACUUGAAGCUUUGUAGGAGAGAUGCAACAAGCUCAGCUUUUGCAGGAUGCAAUCAAAAAUAGGUGUUUGUGAGAGUAGUUGACUAUGAGAAGAUGCUUGACAGAUAUUUUCCUGUGUUUUAUACAAAUGUGAUUUUUGUAAUAUGUCUCGACCAGAUUUAUUUUAAACGCUUCUUAUGUAGAGUUUUUAUUCCCUUCUCUCCUAGUGAGUGUGCUGACUUUUUAACAUGGUAUUAUCAACUGGGCCAGGAGGUAGUUUCUCAUGACGGCUUGUGUCAGGAUGGCUGUCAGUUACUGAAGCCCCAUGAACCUCAAAACCAUCUCUCUUCCAGCCACUUCAGGGAGGUACUCUCAAAGGCCACAUACCUCUCUGAGACUGGCAGAUCGCUCACUGUUGUGAACCACCAAAGGAGCUACGGAGAGAAUUAAAACUCAACAGUACUGUUAACUGUGCAUUAGAUAAGCAAAUGAACAGUGGCUCCUAAAAAGAAAAGUCCCAUUCCAUAUCUUUGGUUGGGCCUUUCUGAAACCUCAUUGGCCAGCUCAUAAAACUGCAGCGGUUGCUCAUGUUGGCCAGACUCAGAGCACCGAGCAAUUUCCAUCUCUGAUGAAGUUACUCUUUUAUUUUCUAUACGUUGUACAAUCAAAACACACUACUACCUCUUAAGCCCCAGUAUACCUCAUUUUUCAUACUGAAAAAAAAGCUUGUGGCCAAUGGAACAGUAAGAACAUCAUAAAAUUUUUAUAUAUAUAGUUUAUUUUUGUGGGAGAUAAAUUUUAUAGGACUGUUCUUUGCUGUUGUUGGUCUCGGCUAAGUAAGACUGGACAUUUAACUUUUCUACCAUUUCUGCAAGUUAGGUAUGUUUGCAGGAGAAAAGUAUCAAGACGUUUAACUGCCAUUGACUUUCUCGCUGUUCCUUCAGGUUGUCCUCUAACCUUAUUCUUUGUUCUUCAUGUAGAAUUGCUGUCUAUGAUUGUACUUUGAAUUGCUUGCUUAUUGAAAAUAUUUCUUUAGUGGAUUAUCACUGUCUGUUCUACACAAUAAACAUAACAGCCUCUGUGAUCCCCAUGCGUUUUGAUUUCUACCCUUUGUCAUAACUCCGUGAAAUGAGUAAUAAAGUUUGGUCAAAGCAGGUCAUGAAGAGAGACAGUCACAAGUCAUUUUGUGGUCCACCUCCCACAUACUGGGCACCCAUACCUCUACAGACACAGACAUUACCUCUUAAAGUAUCGUGCUUAAGUCAGCUGACCUAAAUUCACCUUUUAUGGUCUGACAUUUAAUUCUACAAAGAUGACCUUUGAAGAAUUGUAAAGGAAGAAUAGGCUAUAGUUGCAAACUAGAGUUUCUUCCUGAGUCUGGCAUCUACAAAGUUUGUAAGGGAAGAAACUGAUAUACCAGGUAUCUUUCAAGUAGACUUGCAGAGAGAUCCAAAAGUUUGGUGAAAAGAAAAAGAUAUGAAAGGCCCAAAGUUUCUGCUAUAUAGGAGUCUUAUUUUAUAAAAGCCACAAGCAGAGUCAGAUUUGUUCUGUCAAAUUCAAGAUCAUCUUUACACCUCUAUUGCCAAUUAUGAGUAAAUUCAGGAUUUUUAGAAAACUAAUAAAAUCUUCUGUUUUUGCUGCCACCAUUGUCACUAAACUCCUUCAUUUAGCUUCUUAGGAAGGACUUACCCAUAUUAAAACAUCUGUCGGGAAACUUACUGUCAAAUUUAUUACUUCCCUCCUUCAUUCAUUGAUUUUCACAGCUGAUAUUUUCUGAGUGCCUACUUUGUGCUAAGCCCCAGGACAGGAGGCCCUUCAAAACAUUACCUCCUUGGGGAAAACUAUGCAGGUGCAGAAAGACAGGCAGCAUGCAGAAACAGCUAAGUAAAUUGUUUAGGCAACAAGUUGCAAGAAUGCAGAGAAGGGAAAGCCAUUUCCUGCUGGAGUAGAUCAUUAAUUCAACCUCCUAAUAGAGAGACAGGCUAACUAUAUAUAAUAGGACCCGUAUUUAGUCUUUUCAUUUUUAUUAAUACAGAAAAGCACAU